AUGGCUCCAAAAAAGACGAAGGGCGAGAAGAUGGAUCUGGGGACAUUCCUCACGGAUUCGACCCUCGGUUCAUGGGCCGAUGAGAUGGAGGAUAUGCCAAUGCCAUCACCCAGUGGUCGCGGAGGUUAUGGCGGCGAUCGUUCAUACAAUUCUGGAGGAGGUUUUGGGGGCAUGGCAGAUCGGGGAGGCUACUCCGUGCGCGAGCAGCUACCAUUGCCUACCAAACCUCCGUAUACGGUGCAUCUUGGGAACAUGUCUUUUGACGCCACAGAGGGUGAUAUCACAGAUUUUUUCUCCGGCUGUGAAGUGACGAGCGUCCGCAUUGUCGAAGACAAGCUGGAGAGAAAGCCGAAAGGCUUCGGUUAUGCAGAAUUCGCAACAUUGGAUGGAUUGAAGAAAGCUUUGGAUGCCAACAAUACCCAAUUUCAGGGCCGGAAUAUUAGGGUCAGCGUUGCAGAGCCGCAAAAGGACCGACCUGAUGCUCGCGAGUUCGGCGACUGGACACGGAAAGGCCCUCUUGCAGAUGUUCCUGGACAGCGACGAGUGUCAGAGAGAGGUGGUUUCGGCUCUGGGCGUGGAGGGUUCGAUAGUGCCUCUGAUGCUGGCAGUGACCGUGGUGAACGUGGUGAACGUGGUGGUCGCCGAGCUGGGUACGAGCAAGGUGAUGGGAAGGUACGAGACUUCGGGAAUUGGGAUCGCAAAGGUCCACUUACGCCGACUCUACCGACGGGAUCAACAGCUCGAAGUUUUGAUCGUCCAGUGAGCCGUGAUGGACCGCCAAAUAGACGGAACUCGCCAGCAUGGGGAGAAGGGCGAUCCCAAGAUGGUUCACGACCUCCAAGGCGUGAGUUCGUGGAGAGACCGCCAGUGGAGCGAGCACCGACCGCGGCCGAGCAGGACAGCCAAUGGAGAACGAAAAUGAGGCCCGACGCACCGCCUGCUCCGCCCGUGCAACCUGUUCAGGCCGCCAAAUCCCCAGCUAUUCCGAACCGUGAGCUCAGCACACCGCCUUCUCCGGCCGGUGCACCAGCGGCUCCCACGACGCGUCCAAAAUUGAACCUCGCAAAACGCACUGUUUCUGAGGCACCUUCUGAUGCGAACUCAUCUGACGCUGCACCUGCUGCAGACUCGAAAGCUAGCCCUUUUGGCGCAGCUAAGCCCAUCGAUACCGCUACUCGUGAGAAAGAGGUCGAAGAGAGACGCCAGAUUGCUAUCCGUGAGAAGAAAGAAGCAGACGAAAAGGCGCGUGCUGAUAAGAAAGCCGCGGAAGAAAAGGCUCGCGAGGAAAAGAAAGUUGCUCGGGACGCCGACCAAGCCAACAAGACUGAGCAAACCCCUGCGUGGAAACAAAUAUCACCCCAGGAGAAGGUCAACGGCCAAGAGCAAAAGAAGGCCAACGGUCAAGCACAGGAGAAGGAAAACGGCGCAUCAGCUCCUCCCCCAGGCAGAAGCUACGAAAUCCUUCGAAGGACAGCCAAUGAAGACAAUGCUGCAGCGGACGAAGAAGAUGAGGAAGCUCAAGCGGCUGAAGAGAAUGGACUUGUCACGGAAGACAAAGCCAUUAAGCCCAAGGAAGUUGUACGAGACGUCCCGGAUGGGGGUGCGCAAACGAACGGCUCCUCAGCUGCCGGCACACCUGAUCUCAGUGCUGAUGCGCUUGAGGGUGAUGGCUGGAGUACAGUCUCAAAGCCAGAGAAAAAGAGGAAGAACGGCAACCAAGCUGCUCGUGCUAUUGCCUCCUAG